AGAAAUAAAAUGUUUUAAAUUAGUUUACCAAGUGGCAUUCAUAGAAUUAUUAAAAUGGGAGCUAAACAAAGCAAAAGAUCAACAGAUGUUACAAAAACUGAAGGUGCACCUGUAGAUUUUAAGAAUAUUAGAAAAAUCAGCUUUGUAGAUGAAUCCAAGGGUUUCUUAGAUCUGACUAACAUUGGUGUACUGAGUCCAUCUGAUGAACUAUGUAGUGAGGAAGUACAGACAGUAGAGAAAAUAUCGGAUUUUCCAGAUGUAGAGAUUUCACAGGCUAAGGAUGAAAAAAUUGAAAAUGAAAAUAAAAAGAUUGAGGGAGAGGAUCAAAUAAAUGAGGAUGUCAAUGUUGAAACCUCAGGUGGGGAACAUGUUGCCGAAAAUAAAGAAGUUGACAAUGUUGAUAAAGAAAUAAUAGUUGUUAAUGACGAUGUCAAUGAUGAGAUUUCACAAUUGGACAAAGACAUCAGUCAAGAAAAUACCGAGGGAAAAGAAUUGUUGAUUGAGGAUAUCAAUGCUGAUACAUUAGUUGAAGUUGUUGAUAAAAGUAAAGACGAUUCCAAUUUUGUGAGCUUGGUUCAAGAUGAGAAAUGCAAUGAAGAUGUCAAAGAAAAUAUAAAAAUCAAUGAUGACCAUGUUAAUGAAGAAAUCCGAAAUACCACUGAGAUUGACAAAGAAGUUCAUGAAUCUGUUAAGGAACUUUCUAGUGUUGAAGCUAAUACUGUGAGUUCUUCAAAUAAAGCAGAAGCUAUCAUUGAAGUCGAUGAUGCUGUUAGUUCCUAUGGUAUUAAUGAUCACGAUACUAUUGCUGUUGAAGACGCAAUUAAUUCAGAGGAACUAAACACUGGUUCGCUUGAAGUAUCAAGUAAAACUGCUUCAAACAGGGUCGAGAACCCGAUAGUUGCACUAACAACAAAUACUUGCUUUACUCUAAUAAAAUCUCGUAAGAAAUCUUGCAUGGGCUUUAAUGAAUCUCCAGCACCCAUUCAUGCUGGAGUUGCAAAGUCAGUCCCUCCUUUUGGAUUCGGUCAAUCAAUAGAUAUCAGCGAAGAUGACCCAAAUAAUUUGGACUUGGUAGAUGGAUAUGUAAAGGAGGCUGUAAAGGAGUCUAAAGCAGCUCUGCUGACACCUGAAGAUGGAGAGGAGGCCGAGAGUCCCAUGCCAUCAAAUAUCCAGCAGCCUCUGCGCAGGCGCGGAGCUGUCUCGGCAGAACCAAUCAACGAAGAGGACGCAGCAACCUAUGUUAAAAAGGUUGUACCAAAAGACUACAAGACGAUGGCCAGUCUUUCCAGAGCAAUCGCUAAAAACGUUCUGUUUUCUCAUCUAGAUGAAAAUGAAAGGUCGGAUAUCUUCGAUGCGAUGUUUCCGAGCUCCGCUAUGCCAGGAGAGAUCAUUAUACAGCAGGGAGAUGAAGGAGACAACUUUUAUAUCAUUGAUCAGGGAGAGGUUGAGAUCUAUGUGAAUGAAGAGAAAGUUUUGACCCUGGGUGAGGGAGGAAGUUUUGGUGAGCUGGCUCUAAUCUACGGAACUCCUAGGGCUGCUACUGUCAAAGCUGCUAAAGAUGUGAAGUUGUGGGGAAUAGAUCGAGACAGCUACAGACGUAUAUUGAUGGGAUCUACGAUUAGAAAGAGGAAAAUGUAUGAAGGAUUCCUCUCGAAGGUUUCAAUUCUUGAGAACCUGGACAAAUGGGAAAGACUGACCGUCGCUGAUGCCCUGGAAGCGGUCAGCUUCGAGGACGGAAAUGUAGUUGUGAAGCAGGGAGAACCUGGAGAUGAUUUCUAUAUUAUAGCUGACGGAAAUGCUGUUGUAACACAAUACAGAACUGAAGGAGAGGACAGUCAUGAGGUUGGAACUCUGGGUCCUAGUGAUUACUUCGGAGAAAUAGCCUUGAUCCUUGACCGACCUAGAGCAGCUACCGUUACCGCCAGCGGACCUCUCAAAUGUGUGAAGCUAGAUCGAGCUAGGUUUGAACGUGUCCUUGGUCCCUGCUCCGACAUUCUUAAACGAAACAUUCAUAAUUACAAUAGUUUCGUUUCCCUCUCUGUAUAAUCUUCGUUUCAUCUUGUUGUUUGUCGUUAGUGUCCAGACACAUUUGUUAAAAUUAAACUAUUCUCCAGCUGUCAUUUCAGUCGACUGUUCUUCCUUUUCGACACGUUUCAUGUUGAUUGUGGGUCGCGUCGACAAGAAGUAGCGAUUGUACUUUUAGCUGGGCUCAUUAACACCCAUUUGUUUUAAUUUUUGUUUUACUUAAUAUUUUUUAUUAUUGUAUUUAUCAUAAUUUGUGAGUUUUCACUGGUCAGUAAUCUGAGAAUCUGUAUCUUUCUCUACACUGUACACUUUUUACUGUACUGUAAAGUGUACACCGUUUACUGUAUAGUACACUGUACAAUGUAGUCAGAUCAUCUACUGUGCUUGGAUACAGGCUAAAAUUACAAGGACUGCAUAUUUAACUAUUUUUACGUGAGGGUGAUUUUAAACCUGAACCAACCUCACCCUCACUAGGGGUAAUUAUUUCCCCAAAAUGUAAUCUCCCUCCCCUCCCCCCUACAACACAAUACUUAACAUUUUACUGUCCCUUAAGUUAACAUUGGAUCCUUUUCCUGGGAAUAAGGUCAAAGUUGUGAAUAAUGCGUAUAUAUAUAUAUAUAUAUAUAAAGAACAGAAAGUCGAAUCAAACAAGUUGUUCUACCAUUUUUCCAGAGAAUAAUACACAACUGUAAACCAUUUUUCCCAAAUUCAAUUUUAAAUGUUGUGUUUUUAGAAAACUAAUAUUACAAAGAUUUCACACAACUUAUUAUAAAGCCUUUAACGAUAAAAUAAAUGCAAAAAUAUUCCUUCAUCUAUAGAAUUAUGUUUUGUAAUAUUAUAAUUGUGAAUCUAAUUAACCUUUUAAUAGUCCGGUACUGCCAUUUUUAUGUGAAAAAUUGCAUUUCUGCAGCGCUGGAUUACUGAUCGUUAUCAGGCACUAACCGUUUGAUUUUAAUAGUUUAUGUUGAAAUAAAUAGGUUUAUUAAGUUAUAGUGGUAAAGAUGAAGAUGACAACUUUUCAGAAAUCUGUUUUAAUUGUUACCUAAAAGUCAUGUAUUGUAGAGAUCUAAUAAAUGAGUUUAAUCUAGGAAA